AAGCCCCGGUGUGCCUCGUUUGUUUUUCCUGCGCUCACCUCGUUAGCUUUUACUUGCGGAAGCACGCUGCUGUCACUCCAUCAAAGCACCGAGGAAAGUUCACCUCCAAGUCUCUGAAUGUGUGUGUGCGUGCUCGUGUGUGUGUGUUCAAUCUCAUGUGUGCUCAGUCUGUCUGUCUAAUAGUGACCCCCCAGCGCGGUGUUUAAAGGGAACACAAGAGAGCUGAGUCAACGAAUCGCAGGCAGAAGGAUGCAACAGUUCAUGUGCGCAGCUUGCACUUUUCUUGCGUUCGGACGCAGUCGGAGGAUGGUGGCUCUGCCCGGUGUGGAGGAAAGAUCGGAAACCCUCAUCUACUAGACACAAUCCUAAGGAUAAACAGGAAAGAUCGACGCGUUUGAAAAGCAAAGUCUGUCCACUUGCGCGUGUUUCUCAGCCAACAAUGGACAUUUAAACACUUUGGAGGGACUUCAUGUGUGCUGGAAUGAAGUGGCAGUGGGGGCUCGGCGGUGAGUAGCAGUGCAGUCUGCACCCAACAUGCAUCGGAUUCUGCAGAGGAGAAGAGUGCGCAAGCUGCGGGUCUUUUGGGCUUCUCUGGCCCUGGUGGCUCUGUCCCUGGCCGCCUGCAGCGCGCUGUUCACGGCGUGGACUUGGAGACAAACGCGGGACCUGUCUCAGUCCUUCAAGAUCCUGCAGGACCGAAUAGAGCAGGUUAACACACAGAGGAAGGCCAUUGUUCAGCUCAUUCUGGAGAAGAGAGAGCUGCUGGUUGGGCACAGAGUGAAGAGAGACGGGGGGGCGCAGCGAGGGAGGAAUGGAAAUGGAAAGAAAGCGGCGUCUCAUUUCGAGAUAACCAAAGUCUCCUCUCAGCAAGUGGGAGAAGGUGGUGUGAUAAAGGGGUGGGAAGAGAGGACCUUGAAUAUGACCAAAGCGGUGAAGUACAACAAGGAACUCGGCACCUUCACUGUGGAGAAAGCGGGCGUCUACUUCCUGUUCUGCCAGGUGUUGUUCAACGAGCAGCAGUCUCAGUAUGUGAAGCUGGAUGUGGUGACCAGCGGCCAGAGGCCUCAGAAGCUGCAGUGUAUAGAGGGCUACGGGACGACCCCAUCCGCCGGGCCCCACCCUUUCCACUUCCUGAAGCCGUGCCAGGUGUCCGGCCUUCUCCGAUUGGACAAGGGCACGGAGCUGCAGGCCAUCACAGGCUCUUCUUUCAGACUCCACACUCUGGGCAAUCCUUCCGCCUCGCCUCACAUCUUCAGCAUCUUCAAAGUCAACUGAACUUUGGAUCUUGUUCACAGCAACUCUGAUUUUUUUGUACGGAUGACAAUUGGUCUGGGGCAUCGCAUCACGCCAAUGCCUCUUUCCAAAGACCGUAAUUUAAAAGACAAACAUUUGUGGAAGUUGUUCUGGAAUUUUUUCUCUUGACAGCUGUGCUGUUUUUUCAAAUGCAAAACGCAGACUUUUGGAUUAAAACCAAAACCCUGAAGAAGGUUGAAAUUCCUCAAUGAAAGUCUGCCGAGAGAACAGAUGUGAUGGAAGCCGAUCUGUCGAUUGAGCGCUUUAUACAAACAGAAAAAUCAAGAUGUUCCUCGUAGCCUUUCUAUCAAUUAAUUAAUUGUGCUUUUUUUUUUUACAAGACUGACAGUAAAGCUGUGCAUGCACCUUCCACUUUUAUAUCACCGGUGCCUCAAGAAGCUGAGCGCACGUCUGCCAGAGUCGGAUCUCGACACUAUAAGUCGUGGUAUUUUAUACAAAGCAUCGUCUGUGUGUGAAAUCUAAUUAAUCAAACAAGUAUACUGAUGUUAUGACUUUAACAAUGCAAUGUGUGUCCUUGGAAUACUGUGUAUAUACUUCACUCGUAUUUUACUGUUCUUUUAAUAACGUGGAUGUGAAUUUGUGCUCUUUUCUAAUAACAAAUUUGAUUGUAAGGUAUUUGCGUGUAUAGCGCUGGCUUGACUUUUGGAAAGUACUUUAGGUACGCAAAGCACACAGGUUUUAAUGGCCUCAUUCUGCCUUUGUUACCUGGUUGAUGGUGCAAUAACCAUCACUCCCAAACUGUCUUGCAAAUCAUCAGAACCCUUAACAGUCAGUGUUUAAAAAGUAUUGGAAAGGCCCUCAUAUGGCCAAGAAAAAGUAAGUAAGAAAUAUACAUUUUCUGGCCAAGUAUUAGAAAAAUAAAAAACACAUUUUGUAUAUUUUUUUGACCUUCAAUGACUCAAAUAAAAAAAGUUACUCAAUGUCAGAAAGGUCAUUUUUAGAUUUGGAAAAUCACUUUUUAUCUGUUUUAUUAAAAACCUUGCAGACAAUAACUAGAACGUUGUGAUUUUCGAUUGAUGGUCAAAAUUUGAAAUUAAAACCAAUAUUUUUUUGACAUUAAGCAUCUAAUUUUGGUUCUCAGUCAGAUUGUUGGACUCUAACUUCUUUAUAUUUUACCUCUUUUUUAGAUUGAAACUUCCAUUUUCUCAUAUGCUGCUGCUUUCUGUAAUAUUCCCUGCUAUUAUACAAACAGUGUGUAUUUCUAGAAGUGGGUUCAGCACUCCCACUCUUGUUUAUAAGUAGUUUUUGUGGACGGACCGCAUUGGUUUCUCCUCAGCACUUUACUGCAGCGAACGUAGUCUUUUUAAUUGGAGCCAAAAAUGUGUGUUUUCAAAUGGAAAAGUGUAAGAUUUUGAAAUGUAGACGUUAUAUCCUGUUUGUUUUCCUCAUUGUUUUCCUCUUCCCUUUUUAGGCUCACUCAUCCUCCCUACACCUCAUAUUUCCCUGACAGCACGAUAAGACCGCACACACACACACACACACACACACACACACACACACACACUGAAUCCCCUGAGUGUCCUCUGCACACAGCAGCCAUCUAAAUUUUCACUUCCUGAAUCUGAACCUGACCACAUAGCUGAAGGUCUUUGAGGAAAAACAUGCCUCUUCCCCACACACACACACACACACACACACACACACACACACACACACACACACACACACACACACACACACACACUAUUACACACUUCCCUGACCCGAUUCCUAUUUUUCUAAAUGUCAAAGUUUAUUACCGUGUUCUUGUGAAGAAGUUCUCUGUAAAAUGUUGAUAUAUGCAAUGUGUGGGCGUUCAUUUCUUCUUAACUCACUUGUCAUAAGUUAAAUAAACUUUUUUUGUUGUUG